AUGGUCAUAAAUGUACACAUAACUCCACGAGAACGUGAACGGCUGAUUCGUGAAGAACGACAGCGAAGAAGGAUCGCUCGUAUGCUUCAGGUUCGUCAGCAAGCCUCUGAAAAUGCUCAACUUAUUCGGGAACAGCUGCGCAAUGAGAAGAAAAGCAAUGUGGACAAAUUACGAAAAGAGUUGCGAAGAUCGAUAUCAGAAAAGAUGUCCGAAAUAGCGUCUGAGACGGGAGAUACUCCACGAAUUCCGUUACCUUCAUCAUCUGCGUCUAAAGCUUCUUCCACUCGUACUCCCCGGCGUCAUCGGCAUAUUUUCACGAAAGAGGACGCAAGAAAAGCGUUAGAACGUGGUAAACUUGCUCAAGAACGACUGCUCGCAGAGCGCGUAGCUGCGAAAAAGAAAGCGGCAGAAGCUAUUCGAUUACGACGUCAAGCUGCAGAAGAAGCUAACAGGUUCAAUAAAGCAAAUCCUACGACUUUAUGA